UAAUUAUACAAGUGUACUCUUCUCUUGAUAACUAAAAAAAGAAAGAAAAAACGUUCUCUUCUCCUUUACAGCAACGCAAAAUUAAUCACUACUCUUGGUUGGUAGUAUAUAAGCACAAGAGUGGCAGAGCAGAGAUCACUGAUCAGAUAAAAAUUAUUUCGAACCUAAAGAGAAAUCAGAUAUGGCCAUGAAGCGUGUAGCUAAUUCUGCGAUCAGUGCUUUAGCUUCUUCGUCAACGGUUUUCAGCAGACAAGCGCAUGCUUCUUCUGGAAGCAAGAAGAUUGUUGGGGUGUUUUACAAGGCCGAUGAAUAUGCUUCAAAGAAUCCUAACUUUUUGGGUUGUACGGAGAAUGCUUUGGGUAUUCGUGACUGGCUGGAAUCGCAAGGUCAUCAGUAUAUUGUCACUGAUGACAAAGAAGGACCAAACUGUGAACUUGAGAAACAUCUUCCUGAUACGCAUGUCCUCAUAUCAACCCCUUUCCACCCUGCCUAUGUUACAGCAGAAAGGAUCAAGAAAGCCAAAAAUUUGCAACUUCUUCUCACUGCUGGAAUUGGUUCUGAUCAUAUUGAUUUACCAGCUGCUGCUGCCGCUGGUUUAACUGUUGCAGAGGUCACUGGAAGCAAUGUAGUCUCAGUUGCAGAAGAUGAGCUCAUGAGAAUCCUUAUUCUUCUCCGUAAUUUCUUACCUGGAUACCAUCAAAUUGUCAGUGGGGAAUGGAAUGUUGCAGGUGUUUCUUAUAGAGCUUACGAUCUUGAGGGGAAGACAGUGGGAACUGUUGGUUGUGGACGUAUUGGCAGGCUUUUACUCCAACGGUUGAAACCUUUUAAUUGUAAUCUCCUCUAUCAUGACCGGCUGAAAAUGGAUCCAGAAUUGGAGAAGCAGAUUGGGGCAACAUUUGUGGAGGAUGUUGACAGAAUGCUUCCCAAAUGCGAUGUAAUUGUCAUCAACAUGCCUCUUACUGAUAAAACAAGAGGAAUGUUUGACAAAAAUAGGAUCGCGAAGUUGAAGAAGGGAGUCAUGAUUGUUAACAAUGCUCGAGGAGCCAUCAUGGAUACUCAAGCAGUCGUUGAUGCAUGCUCAAGUGGACACAUUGGAGGUUAUAGUGGUGAUGUCUGGAAUCCACAGCCAGCUCCAAAGGACCACCCUUGGCGUUACAUGCCAAAUCACGCUAUGACUCCUCAUGUUUCGGGUACAACUAUUGAUGCACAGUUGCGAUAUGCUGCCGGAACUAAGGAUAUGCUUGAGAGGUACUUCAAGGGACAAGAUUUCCCUGAACAAAAUUACAUAGUGAAGGCAGGCGAACUGGCACCCCAGUACCGAUAAGUCCACGCUUCUCAUUUAUGCAGCAUCUGAAGGUUUAACAUUGGCAAUGUUGUUCUUUCUAUCAGCAAGCUCCCUCUGAAGUAAUGUGCCUCAGCAGAUGUCUUUUCUUUCAUUCUUCAAGUAAUAAACCUUUGUAAUAUCAGAACUAUGUGAUAACUGCUCGGCGAACCUAUACUUUAUGAUCUAUGAAUGAAAUCACCAGUGAAUUUGGCAUUAGAGAUGAGUAAAUUUUUCGAAAA